AUGUCCAUAUCAAAACAAGGCGCGGGUAAUAUCGCCGAUCGACCCGCGCCACCAAAAUGGACUUUUACACGCGAAGAAGUGGGUUUCCCAUAGGAGAAUGGAAAAUUAAUGAAAUUAGAUGGUUUUUCAGUUAAAACAAAGUGCAAAUCAUCGCGACGGGUUAAGUUUCGAAGAAGAAUUAUCGUAUAGACAACAAGCGGCAUGUUUUAUCCAAGAGAUGGGCGAAAAAUUGAAUUAUAAUGUCAAAGACAAUCGAUUAAAAUUGUAAAUAGCUUAUUUAUACUCAUUCUUCUCAGAAAAUCUUGAAAUUCUCAAAAAUUUAGCUCUCAACUCGGAAUGUGUGUUGCCAAUGUGCAUAUGCAUCGAUUCUUCUACUGUCAUUCGUUCAAAACGUUCGAUUUUCGUGACAUUGCAGCCGCCUGCUUGUUUUUGGCCGGCAAAACCGAAGAGUCGCCGCGAAAACUGUCGCAUAUCACACAGGUUUGGUGGGAGAAGAAGGGCUUGAAGUUGAACGAGGCGAAUCGAAAUGAGGCUUGUCAGCUGCUAGUCAUGUUAGAGAGUUUAGUGUUACAAACUAUUGGUGAGUUUUUUGGAAAUUUGGGGUUUUUCAAGAAAAUUCGCUAUUUUUCUUGGUUAAAAUGCAUUGAAAACUCAGUAAAUCCCAUAAAAACACAAAAUUUCACUAGAUUCACCUGAAAAAUGCACAGAAUUCCGAAAUUUUCACAUUUUUCGAUAGAAAAUGCUGAAAAGCACCAAAUUUCACGUAAAAAUGGACAGAAUUCAAAAAUUACCCUAGAUACAUCAAAUUUCACGCAAAAAUGCACAGAAUCCUCUAAAUCACCUACAGUACCCCCUAAAUACCAAAUUCCACGUAAAAAUGCAGAGUAAUCUCGAAUGCCUUUUAAAAAAUCACUAGUAACUUCGUCAAAACACCAAAUUUUACGCAAAAAUGCACAGAUUCUCUUCAAAUCACCUACAGUACCUCCUAAACACCAAAUUUCACGCGAAAAUGCACAGAAUCCUCUAAAUCACCUACAGUACCCCCUAAACACCAAAUUCCACAAAAAAAUGCACAGAAAUUGACAAUUUUAUCGGAAUUAGUGUCGUAAAACGUCAUAUUCCACGUAAAAAUGCACAGAAUCUUCUAAAUCACUUACAGUACCCCCUAAACACCAAAUUCCACGUAAAAAUGCACAGAUUCUCUUCAAAUCACCUACAGUACCUCCUAAACACCAAAUUUCACGCAAAAAUGCACAGAUUCUCUUCAAAUCACCUACAGUACUCCCUAAACACUAAAUUCCACGUAAAAAUGCACAGAAUCCUCUAAAUCACCUACAGUACCCUCUAAACACCAAAUUCCACAAAAAAAUGCACAGAUUCUCUUCAAAUCACCUACAGUACCCCCUAAACACUAAAUUCCACGUAAAAAUGCACCGAUUCUCUUCAAAUCACCUACAGUACCCCCUAAACACCAAAUUUCACGUAAAAAUGCACAGAUUCUCUUCAAAUCACCUACAGUACUCCCUAAACACCAAAUUUCACGGAAAAAUGCACAGAAUCCUCUAAGUCACUUACAGUACCUCCUAAACACCAUAUUUCACGUAAAAAUGCACAGAUUCUCUUCAAAUCACCUACAGUACCCCCUAAACACCAAAUUCCACGCAAAAAUGCAGAAUAAUCUCAAAAGCCUUUUAAAAAAUCACUAGAAACUUCGUCCAAACACAAAAUUUCACGCAAAAAUGCACAGAAUCCUCUAAAUCACCUACAGUACCCCCUAAACACCAAAUUUCACGCGAAAAUGCAGAGUAAUCUCGAAAGCCUUUCAAAAAAAUCACUAAAACAUUGUCGAAACACCAAAUUCCACGUAAAAAUGCACAGAUUCUCUUCAAAUCACCUACAGUACUCCCGAAACACCAAAUUCCACGUGAAAAUGCACAAUUUUUAUAUAUUUUUUUCUCUCCAGCAUUCGAUCUCAAUGUCGAUCUACCACACUCAUAUGUAAUCCGCAUUAUUCAUAAAUUCGACAAUUCCAACAAUUAUAUCCGACAAAAAAUCAAAACCUGUGCCUAUUAUUUUGCAACUGAUGUGUGAGUUUUGGUAGAAAAAUAUCAAUUUUGGGUGAAAAAUCAUGAUUUUUUACCUAAAAUUCAUGAUUUUUUACCUAAAAUCAAAUGUUUCAGGCUCUGCGUUAUGGAUUGGGCCAUCAGAUAUUCACCCAAAGCCAUUGCUGUGGCUGUUGUUCACCUGGUCUCAAUACAUUCCGAUGUCAAGGUACGGUAGAUUGUUUUUGCCGCCAAAAAUCACCUAGUUUCAGAUGGAAUCCGUUUUCAACGAUAAAAAAUGGUAUCUUCAAUUUGACAGCGAAAUGACUGAUGAAAGGCUUAAAGGUGAGGCUUAAAAUGUGCCAAAUUUCAUGAAUUUUCACCCAAAAAUCGAUUUUUCUCGCAGAAAUGGAAGAGGAAUUCAUGCGUGUCUAUAAUUCUUGCUCAAAUAUGCACUAUGCUUCAAAAAUCGCAUUCCGCGACUCGACUUCGCCAAUGGGUGCAAAAGGAAGAACUGGCGAAUAUAAUAAGGUGGGAAAUUGGGAAAAGUGUGCCAGGAUUGCAAAAUUGAGAAAAAACUGUGCCAGGAUUGCAAAAUUGAGGGAAAACUAUGUCAGGAUUGCAUUUUAUAGGGAAAACUAUGUCAGGGUUGCAAAAUUGAGGAAAAACUGUGCCAGGAUUGCAAAAUUGAGGGAAAACUGUGCCAGGGUUGCAUUUUUCUAAUUUUGUAGAUAAAAAUGAAAUCCUGGCACAGUUUUCUUGAUUUUUUCGAAUUUCUACAAUCCUGGCACGGUUUUUUUUCAAACAAAAAAUCAAAAUUUUCAUAAAGAAAAAACUGUGCCAGGGUUGCAUUUUUCUAAUUUUGUAAAUAAAAAUGAAAUCCUGGCACAGUUUUCUUGAUUUUUUCGAAUUUCUACAAUCCUGGCACGGUUUUUUUUCAAACAAAAAAUCAAAAUUUUCAUAAAGAAAAAACUGUGCCAGGGUUGCAUUUUUCUAAUUUUGUAAAUAAAAAUGCAAUCCUGGCACAAUUUUCUUGAUUUUUUCAAAUUUCUACAAUCCUGGCACGGUUUUUUUCAAACAAUAAAUCAAAAUUUUCAUCAAGAACAAACUGUGCCAGGGUUGCAAAAUUGAGAAAAAAUUGUGCCAGGGUUGCAUUUUUCUAAUUUUGUAGAUAAGAAAUGCAAUCCUGGCACAGUUUUACCUAUAAAAUGCAAUCCUGGCACAGUUUUUUCUCAUUGACAAUUUUGAAAAUUGAAUUUUCCAUUAUUAAUUUUGAAAAAAAAAACUGUGCCAGGAUUGCAUUUUAUAGGACAAAGUCCCUACCAAAUAUCUGAAUUCACAAGCCACGCCCCCAAAACCAUGCGGCAAUCUCAAAAUUUGCAGGAUCGCCUAAAACCGUCGCCACGUCAUAACUACAACGAUUUCAACAAUCAUAAUAAUCACAACAAAAGAUCGGAAACAUCGGAAAACAACACAUCGCGAAGAUUUGACGAACAAAGACGCAGGCAAAAAGAGGAGUUAGCGCAACUCGACAAAAUGGACAAGGAACGAAAUCAGGAAGACGAGAGACGCAAACGAGUCCAUGAUCAAAUGGCCGGAAUUGUUGUGAUGGGAAAUUUGGACAAGCGUCCGAAAAUCGACCCGCUUUCGUCGAAUUUUGUAAGAAAUUCGGGGAGUUCGGCGAACUCUUCGAAUAAUUCAAUGAAACCGUAUCAACAGUUGCGCAAAGUUGAAAAACCCUUGUCGCCGGUGGUUUUGCCAAAGUGAGUUAGGUUGAUUUUUCAAGGUAAAUCAUGUUUAGCACUGAAAAAUGGCGAAAAACUGUGCGAGGAUUGCAGAAAUCGGUCACGCCUCCUUUUUUGGAUAAGCCCCGCCCACAAUACAGUGCCGCAAAUGCAGAAUUUUCAUUUUCUUCUGAAAAUAAACCAUUUUCACUAUUUCACUACAAUAAUCAAAGAUUUUCAUCGGCCCCGCCCAUAAAACUGUGUCCGUCUUGCAGAGUUCUAGAUUUUUGCAAGCCUGGCGCAGUUUUAUGGGCGGAGCCGAUGAAAAUCUUUGAUUAUUGUAGUGAAUGGUUUAUUUCCAGAAGAAAAUGAAAAUUCUGCAUUUGCGGCACUGUUUUGUGGGCGGGGCUUAUCUAAAUCAAAAACCCCUUUACAAAAAAAGGAGGCAUAACCGAUUUCUGCAAUCCUGCGGCAUAGUUUUGUAGGCGGAGCUGCAGCAAGCUCCGCCCACAAAACCAUGCCUCAAGUGGUGUCAAAAAACUGCAAAUUUUCAGCAGAUUCGAUAUUUCUUCAACUCUAACUCCACCACCAAUCCCUCCACCAUUAUCACAUUCUUCAUCAGACAUGGAUCUAGAAGAUGGUGAGCUCGAAUGAUCCCCCAGUGAAAAUACAAAAAAAUAUCAUUUAUAGUAUAG